UAUUUCUUUUCUCAGUAUCUUCUUUACCAUGUGCUUCCACCUUUGCUUUGAAAUAGACCGAGGUUUUCUAGAUAGUAACAGAAUGAUUCUCAAUCAGUUGUUUUCAAAAGCAUCCGAUCUCAGCAUUGUUCUACUAUUGUCGUUACUGAUUGCCGUGUCAAGUACGAGAGAUGCCUAGGAACGGUUCUCUUUCCAAGCGAAAAACAAAUUCCUCUCAGGGACCACUACGACACUUGUUUUGGUCUUUGUCGCGUUCUAGAAUUGGUGCAGGAGCAGGUCUUUGUGCAGGAGUUGGUGUAGGGAAUUGUGCGACGAUCGGCGGUCUUUUCUUUCCACCGGUUUUCCAUGUUGGCGUUAGUGCUGGCACUGGAAUUUGCUUAGGAUAUGGUGUAGGUGUAGGUUUUGACUUUAGUCUGGGUUCCUUGUUCAGUUGGCUCGAUUCACUACUCCGCUAGUUGACGUUAAGAGAGUUCCGUGAACGAUGCUUUGUUCCUACUACAGGAGUUAUUGAAAUAUUUUAGUUGCGGAAUAUACAAAUUUCUUAGAUACAAUAGGAGGAAGGCCUACUUGUGGUUUCUCUUUCUCUCGUUUUGUCAAAAUAUGACUAGUGGAUGGCACUCGUUCAAUCUGUUUCGCUUUUUAGUACUAUUUUCGUAAAGAGAAAAUUCGAUAAAACAAUAUAGUGAGAAGUUGUAUUCUUACCCACGUUGGUUGUUUUCAA